AAAGGCAGGGCUGGGAGCAUAAUGCUGAUCAAUGGUAGUCACAAGAAGUCCAGCCACUGGCUUCACGAAAAGGUGGGCAUCCCACUCUUCAUAGGAGGUCUCUGGGGCUGCCCUAGCCCUGGACGGAGACAAAUCAGGCUCAGCCCAGCCUGUUUCCCUUCCCGCUGCGGUAUUAAGUCGAAAUGCUGCCCCCUCGUGUCGGCCCACAGGCUUGACUGCAGCUGCCGGCCCAGGAUUUUCCAGAUGAGAGUUUCCCUUGCCAAUCCGAGCCAGAGAAGCAGCCCGAGGCAGAGGACUCAGCGGAGGGCGCAGCAUCUCCCGCGUCUUCAUUCCUCUCUCCUGCCUCCCCUUCUUUCGCAGUCUUGGGCUCCUCCUUGGCCCUUCUCCAGAGACAGGAGGACCCGCGUCAGAUGUCCUCGUUGCCUCCCAGAGUCUCUGCCGCUCCACGGAUUUCAGAGGUUCCCUCAAGGCAGAGGCGCUCUUGAGGGAGGCGCGGACUCGGGCUGCUGCUGCGGCUGCUGCGGCUGCGAUGCCAACGCGGUGGAGGAGGAGGAGGAGGAGAAGCGGCCGCCUCCGCCGCCGCUCCUGCUGAGAUGCCCACUCUCUUCCGCGGGGCUGCGCUGCGCCGCCGCUCCAAGAGUGGGGGCGAGGAGGUUCCCUCCGGAAGGGGUCUUGGCUGGAGGAGGCUGGACCUCUCGCAACCAAGGCAAGAUCGCAGGGAAGGACGGGUCUUUGAGGGGCCGCGGCAGAUCCCGGGUGGUGUCUCGUCAAAAGGAAGCAGCCCCUGAAGAGAGCGGAAUGCAAAAGGUGGACUUGCCCAGGAUAAAAAGUGGCUAGAACUGGAAAAGAUGGGAUAUCCAGUUUUCUAGCUUCAAGACUGAAGUAUUCUUGUGAUCUUCUGGAAUGGAAGAAUUUUAAGUCUGGGACUAACAGCACCUCAAAAGCGGUGAACUUGUUGGGUAGCCCAGAGAAAAUGAAUCUCACAAAUUUCACUUCAGAAGACAACAUGGCUGUAAAAUCCAAAACAGUCACCGAAAACAUGCUUAUUACUCUGACUCUGUCAGUAAUUACAACCUUGACGAUGCUGCUGAACUGUUCUGUUAUUUCGGCAAUCUGUACAACUAAAAAACUCCACCAGCCUGCAAACUACUUAAUAUGCUCGUUGGCUGUCACAGACUUAUUAGUUGCUGUUCUGGUCAUGCCCUUGAGUAUUACAUACAUAGUGAUGGAAAGAUGGACUUUGGGAUACUUCCUCUGUGAGGUAUGGCUCAGCAUAGAUAUGACUUGCUGCACGUGCUCAAUACUUCACCUCUGUGUCAUUGCGCUAGACAGAUACUGGGCCAUUACAGAUGCCAUCAAAUACGCCAGGAAGAGAACUGCAAAGAGAGCUGGACUUAUGAUAGGCACUGUUUGGACUAUAUCGACAUUCAUUUCCAUGCCUCCUUUGUUCUGGAGAAACCAUCUCAGUAACAGCAAUUCCAGUGAGUGUCAGAUCCAACACAACCACAUUAUCUAUACCAUAUACUCCACAUUUGGAGCAUUUUAUAUCCCCUUGACACUCAUCCUGAUUGUCUAUUACAGAAUUUAUCACGCUGCAAAGAGCCUUUACCAAAAGCGCGGGUCAAGCCGACACCUCAGCAGCAGGAGUACCGACAGCCAAAACUCUUUUGCAAGCUGCAAGCUCACACAGACGUUCUGUGUAUCGGAUUUCUCCACAUCUGACCCAACCACAGAACUUGAUAGAAUGCAUUCAGUGAGGAGCCCUACUUUUGACAAUGAGCUCGAUUUGGUUGGAGACCGUCAACAGAUUUCCAGCAUACGAGAGCGAAAGGCUGCACGCAUUCUUGGGCUCAUUUUAGGUGCAUUCAUUCUGUCCUGGUUGCCAUUUUUCAUUAAGGAGCUUAUUGUGGGCAUUGGGUUUUACACAGUAUCUUCAGAAGUGGCUCACUUUUUGACAUGGCUUGGUUAUGUGAAUUCUCUUAUCAAUCCUCUAUUGUACACUAGCUUUAAUGAAGAUUUUAAACUUGCCUUUAAAAAGCUAAUUAAAUGUUGGGAACACUCUUAAAACAACUUUGGACAGUUAAAAUGUAACUUAUUGGCCUUAAAUAUCAGAACAAUUGCUGAACCUAGCAACCUGUUUGUGGUUUAUUGAGGGAGGGAAUGCUCAUAAAAUAUUUGUUUUGCUUGCC